AUGCUUACGUUCACCAUACGUGCAAGUAUUAUUGCACCCAUGGAAAGAAAAUCCAUUGGAGCCGUAAUUCGAACACACGAACACGGGGUGGAGAUGUUAUACCAACGUUACUUUCUCCGCAUGAAUCAGACGAAUAUGAUGACUUUGCUGGGACUGCUACUGGCUGUGGGAUUAGGGCUGAUAUCGGUCCAAGUGCCUGCAAUGUUUGCCGCCCACAGUUUCAUCACUGAGGCAUUGUACAACCUUACUAGUUUUGACCAAAUAGGAUUGUCGACAGAUUUCUCGAAGUCAAGAUACAUGAGGGGCUCUCGUGCCUUUUUCGAGAGGGAAAGAUUGGCGCAUUUGAUCAACGUAGUUCUGUUUGGACUUGCAGCUUUAGUGUAUGCCUGUCUUCUCGCGUGCUUGAGCAGACCAGCAAUGAACGAGAUAUAUUUGCUGACCGUCUCAUAUAUUGUCCUGACCACCUUCAUACUUGUUGAGAGCUCCCUGUGCGGCACCGCAGUACUAAGAUCAAUGAACGUGAGCAUGGGUAUCUGUGCGCUACUCACAUAUGUGACAUACGCUACUCUACCGCUGCGUCUACAUGAGGCUACUGUUGGUGGAUUUAUACUUGGAGCUAUCAGCAUUGGUGCCCAAAUCAUGAUGACCAAGACUACUGAUACUCAGAUUUUCUGCAACCUGAUAACCCUGAUCGCAUGCAACAUUGCCGGCAUUAUGACCCAUUAUCCACGUGAACUGGCGCAGCGUAGAGCUUUCUUGGAGACUCGUGAUUGUGUUGAGGCACGUUUGGUAACACAACGAGAGAAUCAACAGCAGGAGCGCCUGUUGCUAUCGGUACUCCCUCGUCACGUCGCCAUGGAGAUGAAGGCUGACAUCGCAAACCAACCACGUCAGGAGCAGUUUCACAAGAUCUACAUACAACGAUACGAGAAUGUCAGCAUCCUGUUUGCGGACAUUUGUGGAUUCACCUCCCUGUCAGACCAAUGCACUGCUGAAGAACUCGUCAGACUCCUUAAUGAAUUGUUCGCAAGAUUCGACCGUUUAGCUGCUGAGCACCACUGCCUUCGCAUCAAGCUACUGGGUGACUGCUACUACUGCGUUUCUGGACUGCCCGAGGCUCGCGAUGACCACGCCAAGUGCUGCGUCGAAAUGGGACUUGACAUGAUUGAUGCUAUUGCCCUGGUACGCGAAGUGAUGGCUGUCAACGUAAACAUGCGCGUUGGCAUUCACACUGGCCGGGUUCAUUGCGUGGUACUUGGCCUCCGCAAGUGGCAGUUUGACGUAUGGUCCAAUGACGUUACCCUGGCUAACUACAUGGAGAGUGGAGGAGUUGCAGGGCGAGUUCACAUCACGAAGGAGACUUUGGCAUGCCUCGGCGAUGAGUACAGAGUGGAACCGGGGAACGGUGGUCAGCGGAACGCAUAUUUGAAAGACCACAACAUUGAAACCUAUCUCAUUGUCCCAGAUGAUACAAGCCGCGUGGAUAAGAAGCCUCAAAAUAAUUUCUCUCUCAAUGGAAACAUCUCAAAGGAGAUGCGGGUGAUGGGACAUGGCUCGCAACACGGAAAACAUUCCUCAAAAAGCGGCGUCGACGCUAAUAGCGAGAAUAAGAAGCCAGAAGAUGAAGUGAAUGAGUACUUGAUGAAAGCAAUCGAUGCUCGCUCCAUAGAUCGUUUGCGGGCGGAACACUGUCGCCCAUUUACACUUACUUUCCGCGACCGAAAGAUUGAACGAAAGUACAUUGCUGAGCGGGACAGAAUGCUGAAAGUAUACUUCCUAUGUUCGAUCUUCGUGUACAUUGCUAUGGUCUUUGUGCAGUAUCUUGUUUAUAACAUAACAUUGGCUGGAACUAUCACAAUACUUACUUGUGCGACGAUAAUCAUGGGGGUUAUAUUCAUUGUACUCUGCAAAGAUUUUGAGUAUGCGGUGCCGAGCAUUCAGAAAUUUUCAGAAAGAGUUCAUAAAAAUCGAAACCUGGCGCAGCUUAUGUCUUUCCUGCUAGUUGCAACCGUCACCAUACAAGUUGAGGUCAUUAUGGGAAUCCAUCUGCUAUCAGAAAAAGAUCCAAAUGAAGGCGAAUGUCCCAAGAGUAUUAACGAGCACUACAUGCAGCUGACACUUUUGGCAAUGUUCUUAUGUGCCACCCAUCAGAUUCUCAUCACGACUUUGAAGACAAUUCUUCUCGUUAUCAUCAGUGGUAUAUACAUCGGUGUUACCAUUCGAAAAUAUAUCUACUAUCAACUGAACUACUCAGAAUUUCAGUUUACAUGUGUUGACGACUGGAGUCAAGACCUAACAAACAUCGUUGGAGCUCUGGGUGGCCUCAUUGCAUUGGUACUACAUUCCCAGCAAACUGAGAGUACAUACAGACUGGAUUUCAUAUGGAAAUUGCAGGCAAAUGACGAAAAAGAAGAUAUGGAGCAUUUGGAGGCAUACAACCGCAAGCUUCUAGCAAAUAUCUUACCGGAACACGUUGCCCAGCAUUUCUUGUGCAGUGACAAAAACUUUGACGAGUUGUACCACGAACAAUGUGAGUCCGUGUGCGUCAUGUUCGCAUCGAUUCCAAACUUUUCGGAAUUCUACGUUGAACUGGAAGCGAAUAAUGAGGGAGUGGAAUGCCUACGUCUGCUGAAUGAGAUAAUUGCAGACUUCGAUGAGAUCCUGGCUGAAGAACAGUUCAAGUAUAUUGAGAAAAUCAAGAGCACCGGUGCGACGUACAUGGCAGCGUCAGGUCUGACGGUGGCAACUAGCGACCUUCUAGGCUUUAGACAUGUGACAGCGAUGGCUGACUAUGCACUACGUCUCCGUGAACAGUUGCAAUAUGUUAACGAGCAUUCCUUUAACAACUUCAGGAUAAGGAUAGGGAUUAACAUCGGUCCCGUGGUGGCUGGCGUGAUUGGAGCAAGGAAGCCACAAUACGAUAUUUGGGGCAAUGCUGUCAAUGUUGCAUCGCGCAUGGACUCUACUGGACUCCUCGAUCAUAUCCAGGUGACACAGGAGGUGUACGACAUCCUGUCAAAGCGUGGCUACAAGCUUCGAUGCCGUGGAACGAUUGACGUCAAAGGCAAAGGGAACAUGGUGACAUUCUUUCUUGAUGGCAUCGGGGAAACAACCAUACUGAACAAUAAUAACGAUAUUUAUAGUAACCCAACCCCGUCGACCUCCGGUUCUGGUGGUGGUGGAAACAUUGACAAAUCUGAGCAUCGUCCUUUGGAGACACUUUCUGAAGGACACACUGAUGAGGAUGGACCCACACCGAGAUCUUCAAUACCGAAAGAAGAACAAAACGACGCGAGUAGCCCAAAGCUCUCAAAUCAAAAUAAAUCAUGUGACAGCCUCGCCGGUGCCGUUCGUGCAAGAGUUAUGAGACACAUACAGCGGCCUCUUUCACUUACUGAUAACCCUGGAUUACCUGCUUUUAUCAGUCUCCUACAAUCAAAAGCCUACUCCACUGACCUUGGCGCAGCAACAUAUUUUGCAGAUGAACCAGCUAACACAUCCCUUACAGAAAUUCAGACAUCGAAGGACGAAGACUGGAUAAGUCUUGAUAUAGAAGAAUUGCGUUCAAGAGUCCCAAAACGGGCGUCAAGUCUUGCUGAUUUCUUUUGUAAGAGGAAACAAGAAAAACAAAACUAUUCAUCAGUCAAUAUUAUAGAAAAUCCCAUGAACGCAGUCUAA